AUGGGGCCAAAUUGGUGGCUCAAGUUGAUUUUGCUACUGCAAGCAGUUCGCAUCGUGAAUUCAUGUGCUGAUGUUGUAUUUGUCCUGGAUGGUUCCGCAAGUGUUAAGGAGCACUUUCAGCAAAUGAUUGAUGUGGCCAGUGAACUAGCAAUGCAGUUUGAUGUGGAGAACAAGGGGUAUCAAAUUGCUAUCCUGGAAUAUAGCGGGAAAGCGAUUCUCCCCAAAUGGUUGGAUUAUCACUUCGGCAGCAUCCGGACGAAUGAAGCCCUGAAGACUGUGAUCAAAAAUCUGCCACACAUGCGUGGCGCAGCUGAUACUGGACGAGCGCUGGGUAUCGUACUGCAUGAGUAUUUACGCAGUCGCCGGCCCGGCUUACCUUUCAUCGUAUUCACCAUCACGGAUGGCUACUACAGGGAUCCGGAAGAAGUGCUCAAGAAUGUUCUAAGUCUCGCUACGCAGCCGAAUGUUCAACUUUUCGCAGCAACUGCAUCAAAACGUCAUAACAGAAAUCCAAUUCGUGAAUCGUCUGAAAUGAUAGCCCGAUCAGCUCGUUACGCACCAACCAUCGUCGAAAGUACAACAAUCCAAACAACCACUUCCAUCAAAACACACGAAGACAAUUUGUCCAUCAAACCUGCAUGUCUGCUUGACGUUGUAUUUCUAAUGGAUUUCUCAGAUGGGGCAUCGGAUAAACGUCAGACAUACAUUGAUCUUGUUUCCGCUCUGACCAGUGCACUUAAUCUCGGCCAGACAUCAGCUCAG